UCAGACUCCAGUCAGACACAGGUGGAGGUGGUGGUCACAUCUACAAUGUCUCCGAUAAAGGACCUCAAUCUGGUCUAUGAAGCUCUCAACGUGGAGGACACCAUUUCUCCAGGAGACACCAUCGAAGGCACGGUCACUUUCACUUUGACCAAAGACACCAAAGUGAAGAGCGUCAGUGUGAAAGUCAAAGGGGACGCGCACGUACACUGGUCCGAGGGCAGCGGAGACAACCGGAGGUCCUACACUUCCUCCAGGCACUACCUGAAGCUCAAACAGCCCAUCAUUGUGAAAAACGAGAAAGGCACUGAACUUCACAAAGGAGUCCAUCACUUUAAGUUCAGGUUUACAAUCCCACAGGGGGAUAUGCCUUCGUCCUUCAAGGGGCUUCAUGGAAGGAUUGUCUACAUGCUUGAGGCGAAGGUGUCCAGGAGCUGGCGGUUGCCUACUUCAGAACAAAAAAUGCUCAAAUUUGUUUCAAAGUCAUCUCCCCAACUUGGCCAAGUCAUGUGUCCACAGUCUGGUUCAGUGGAUAAAGAUAUGGGCAUGUUCUCCAAAGGACAGGUCCAAAUGUCUGCUACCAUUAACACAAAAGUCUGCUCUCCAGGUGACACUCUGUCUGUUGUUGCCAAAAUCUGCAAUUCCUCAUCUAAAGAAAUGAAACCCAAAUUCAGUUUGCAGCAGAAAACAGUGUACCGUGCCAGUGGCCGCACUAACACCAGUGAUCAAAGUCUGUGCAAAAUGGUUGGGGAGACUAUCACACAGAGUUCAGAGGAAACUGUCUCCUGCCAGUUAAGCGUUCCUGCCGAUGUCAUCACUCUCCAUAAUUGUGAAAUCAUCUCAGUUGAAUAUUACGUUAUGGUGUAUUUGGACAUCAGUUUUGCCAUUGACCCGAAGGUGCUGUUACCCGUGGUCAUAGUUCCUUCUGGUUUUUCUACCCUUCAGCCUGGUGAGGCCAUGGGGCCUUACCCGGCUGGGGCUUUUGGGGCCCCAAGUUACAGCGACUUCGCUCCCCCCGCCUUCCCUGUUGGACCUUAUCCUGUACUUGCAGGUUCAGGUCCUUAUGGGUACCCGGCACCAGAUCCCACUCAACAUGCAAACAUACCGAGUGGAUAUGAUAAUCCGUGGCCACAACAGGCUGCUCCGUACGGUUUUCCAACUGCAGCUCCAUCCUCAGCGCAGUAUCAAGCCCCUACUGCUCCACCUCUGUUUCAACAGGGAAACGUACCUCCAUCUUAUACGUCCCUUUUCUCCCCUUCUCAGGACUUUCUCGGUAGCACCGGGUCAGAUCAGAAAAACUGAGUUUCAGGAGGAACAAAUAAUCUUGCCUCCAAAAAUACUCACUGAUAAUGAGGCCAUUUAAGAUAUUCAUAUUGUUGUAAGGUAUUUGCUGGUUAGAAAUGUUAAACUGCAUUCUGUAUUUCUACUACUGUUUAGCAUUUACUUCCGAGUUAUAUAAAAAUAGUUCAUAUAUACAGUGUGUGAUCUCAUGUACUACCAAAAUGAAUCUGUGCCCCUUAUGAAUCCGUGUUCUUAGUUUAGUAAAAAACUAUUUUACUCAGGUUCCUAACUUUUAUCAUUCUUCAAUUUAUUCAUGACAAUGCCUUUUAACUCAACUUGUUUCCUUCUAUAUGCAAGCUUUAACUUUCCUAGGUGCAUAGCAACGGAUAUGGUUUUCCUGGGUUUCCAGGUUGUCCUCAUUGUUUUUACAGAGAACAAGUUACGACAACAGUUGCAGGGGAAAAGGGGACUGGAGUUUUUUGUUGGGCUUUUUAAAUGGCUACGAAAUGUUUGUUAGUUUAAUAUUUUAUGGAAUGUUGUGUUCAAUAUUAUCAGAAAAAAAUAAAUGUUGUUUGA